AUUGCAUUGAGAUGGACCGAAAGUAUAUGAGCUUGGUCAACAACUACUGCCAGAAGAGGAAUGCCACGCUCGAUUACGUCGAGGUGGAAAUGAAAGGCCUACCUCAUGACCCCGAAGACAAACACAGAGGAUGGAAUAUGUGGAGUUGUUUAUUGUUUUAACACAAAUGCAAUGUCUGAUGUCUUGCUUGUCUUUCCCUUACCACAGAUCACAGACACCCAAUGUCUAUAAUAUCUCCUGCUCUUUAUUUGCUAGUUUGCAUGAAGACAGAUCUUAUACUAAUAAUCAGGAUGUUUCUUUUAAAUGGUGGUCUCCUGUUGCCAGCCUGCACUCUAUGUGCUGACUUAUUCUCAGAGUUGACUGUAAUCCCUGAUCAAAUUAUCUGUCUCUCAAGCCUUGCUCUACUAUCUUUUUUUUCCCCUCCCAUGCAAUUCAUACUUCAAAGGGAUUGCAUGGGACUAAUACAAUGUAUGUAUAAAUUCAAAUCCAAUUCAUUUGUCCCCUCCCAACUCCUUGUGCACCCCAGCUUCUGUGCUGGCAGGGCAGAGUGAGAAGCUGAAAAGAUUUUGAUACACUGCAAACACUGCUCAGCAAAAGCUGCUUUUUCAUCAACACUUUUAUCAUUGCAAAUCUAACACACAGUACCAUACCAGCUUAUAUAAAAAAAGAUGGCUCCACCCCAAGCUGAUUGAGCACAGUCACUCUUGAGUUUCCUGGUCUGACUCACUGUACUGCUGCCUGAGCAGUAUGGCAUGAUUGGUUGUACACCAGAGGUGGGAAGGAUCAGUGGCUGAGUGUUCCAGGGUCAGGACUGGUUGCUGAUAUUAUUACAGCAGUGACGGUGGAGAGUUACACUGGAGUCUAGUAUUAGACAGCUCAGAGCUUACCGGCCCUUGAGGUCCCUUCCAACCCAGGCCAUUCUAUGAAGUGACUGGAUAAUACCAUUCUGCAUCUCUGAUGCAUCUCUGUUAUUUUUUUGAGAUUCAAUGUGGCAGAAAGGGACUGCUUUCAAAUGUAUAAUAUAGAACAGCAGUGUAUGGGAACUCUUGAGUCAUGGCCUGAGCCAUUGAUUAAUCACCUGAGUCAAGGACUGGGACAGCUGUGGGAGCACAGGUGAAGGCAAUUCAGCUGUGUGACCUAGACCCCAUUUAUGGGCUGACUACCACAGGGGAAUGAUCUCUUUCUGGAGAUCCCUCCGUUAUGGAGUUUUCCACCGUGAGCCCAGAUCCUUGGAUACUGGUUUACGUUUAUGGUUAAAAUAGAUGGUGAAGAGUAUGGUACAGGCAUUGCUAAAAGUAAAAAGGAAGCAAAAGCAGCAGCAGCAAAAAGUACGUGGGACAUGAUUGAGCCACAGCAAAGUAGUGCUUCAAAUGUGCAUGUUCCAGAUCCAGUGGCAUCUCCUCCUCCUGUGGAUGUGCCUCCUCCGUGUGACUACGUCAGCAAGCUAAAUGAUUAUGCACAGAAGACAUCACAGCUAGUUGAUUACAGUAAUGUAAAACGUACUGGAGAUGCCCAUGCUCCAAUAUAUUCUUGUAGCUGUAAAAUUAGUGGUCACGUAUAUGGAAAUGGCACUGGAAACACUCUAGAUGCUGCAAAACAAGCUGCUGCAGAAGAAGCAUAUAAAGCGCUAAAGGAGCAAGAAUCUUUAAGCCUGAAAAGUGAGGACUCUAAUCAUAGGUUUCAUGAACUUAGUAAUUCCUCUAGAAAGCAGAGUCCGUCUGAGUCAUGGGGUAUUACCUUUAGAGACUCAGCUACCAGCUUGGCAGAAAAAGUGAAAGACAUCUCACUAUCUGAAGAGCCUCCAAAUUCUCGGCGAAAUGUGCCAGCCUCUGCCUUAAAAUCCAAAAGAGUAUUGGCACCUAAUUUUGAUAAUGCAAGAAAUGAGCAGAAGAAAGUUUUAUCAAAUAUCUGCAGAAAUAGGAGUGAGGCAGAUGAUGAAUAUACUGUGGAUGAAAGAUUUCGUCGAGAGUAUGAAAAUAUAGAGCCCAUUGGUAAAGGUGGUUUUGGGAAUGUUUUUAAAGCAACAUCAAGGGUUGACGAGAGAACCUAUGCAGUCAAACGAGUGGAGUUAAUAAGGAAUGUAAAGCGUGAAGUGAAAGAACUCGCAAAGCUUGGACAUGAAAACAUAGUGCGGUAUUAUUACAGCUGGGAAGGGACUGACCAUAUGAUUUACCCAGACGCAAGUAAGAAUUCUGAAAUACCAGUUCCUUGCCUCUUCAUCCAAAUGGAACUAUGUGAACAGGGGCCAUUGGACAAUUGGAUUGAAAAUAACAGACAAAACCAAAACUAUCAUAUGAUGGCACAAGACAAAUUCUUGCAAAUACUGAAAGGAGUGGACUAUAUUCAUUCUGAAAAUUUAAUUCAUAGAGACCUCAAGCCUCAGAAUAUAUUCCUAUCACGUGAAGGUAAAAUAAAAAUAGGUGACUUUGGUCUUGUGACUUCUGUGACAUAUGACACUCUGACUAAGAACCGAGGAACACGGUCAUAUAUGGCACCAGAACAGUUUGGGGACAGAUAUGGAAAGGAAGUAGACAUUUAUGCGCUGGGAUUGAUUUGGUUUGAAAUUCUUUAUAGACUGGUCAGUCAUCAUGAAAAAAACAAGGUAUGGCAGGAUGUUAGAGAAGGACACCUUCCAUUGGACUUCACCAAACAAUUUAAAAUACAGGUACCCAUCAUCAAAAAGAUGCUUUCAGAAGACCCCUCAAAACGAUGCUCUGCAUCUCAAUUACUUGAUAUUUUGAAGUCUCGUGAUAAAGACAACUCACAAAAACCUUAUAGUCAUUAAGUGCCAUUUUAGAAGGCUGUCAGACUGUGCUGUCUUGUGGCGUGUGAUUCAAACCUUUCUGAAUCGUUCACAACGAUGUCUGUAUUAAUUACUAGACUUCUCCCUUUUAAGAUGAGAGGAGACUGGAAAGACUACUUUUGGAAGAAAAAAAAAUACUAGAUACACACAUGGGUUACUCUUGACAGAAUUUCACUUCUUUAAGGUGAACUUUCUUCUCACUUCUUCUUUCUAAAAUUUAAAGAUACUUUUAAAAUUCAGGUCUUGCUUGAACAUUCAAGUAUUUAGUUUCUGGGAAAGAGAUUUGUUCUGAACUUCUGAAAAACUCUUUUUUUUUGUUUUCUUCUUCCUUAUAGGAACAGGUAGGGUCCUCUUAAUACAGAAAUACUCUCCAAGUUUUCUCAAUAGUAGCCAUUUAAAAACCUUUCUCAAGAGAGCACCUUAGGCAUCCUCUCCUAUAAUGUAAGGUUUUAAUCAUUUAUUAUAUCAUGGGGGCAUGUGUCACAGAUUAUAGGUGUGCUGAACAACUCUGCUGGCCUUACUGUCAGCUCAACAUAAGGUACGAACAGACCGACCAUUACUAUCUGGUUAUAUACUUAAAAUAUUUCACGUUUGACUUCAUAAGAAAAACUGUGCAGGGAAGAAAGGAUGGGCAAAUUAUUCCUUCUGACUCUCAUCUUUGAAUAGUUUGAAAAGGUGAAGCUCAUUGCUGUGGAAUCUGCUUAUUUCCAUAAAUGAAAAUGCACUUCUAGGCAGGAAGGUAUGAUAUGCAUUAAAGAUAAGGUAGUAUAUGAUUUUUCUCAAGGGUUAAACGGGUUAAAGGUGGGUGGUUGGUUAAAAUAUGAAUGAGUAUGUGAAUUUUUAUAGUCUUGUGAAAAUUGUUGCUAAAUAGCCAUCUGAUGUUAACAUUCUUUUGUAUGAAUUCAAGUUGUUCCCCCUCCCCUUAUAAUGAAUGUUAUUGUUCAUAAAUAAAGCAUUCCAUUAUUUUGGAC